AUGUCUGCGCCGUUUUCGAGGGCGGUGGUGAGGGCGAUGCAGAAGCUCUACCCGCAAGCCCUCGCAGACAAUUCUUGGGACAAUACCGGUCUCCUGCUAGAAGCACCAUUCGUUCCGUCGCGCCGCCAGUCAAACACAGUCUUCCUUGCUAUCGACCUCACCAAAGCCGUCGCAGACGAAGCAAUCGCAUGCAACUCUUCCAUCAUCGUCGCAUACCACCCAAUCAUCUUCAGGGGCCUGAAAUCCCUCACAUUCGCAAACACACAACAGCAGACGCUUCUGCGACUAGCCAGCCACGGGAUCAGCGUAUACAGCCCCCACACAGCUGUCGAUGCCGCACCCGGUGGACUGGGAGACUGGCUUGCAGACAUCAUCACAGGGUCACGGCCAAAACCAGACGGAUCCGACGAAGCCCAGGACCAAGAUGACAACAAAACCGACAGCAAUGACCCCUUCAUCGACAAGCAACGCCCCACCUUCCAACUCCACCAUCAACCAAGUCAAAUGACCCAGCGCCUCGCCAAACUCGCCCAAGACAACAAUAAUGAAGCCGUGCCUCACAAACGCCGCCCGGUAGUCCCGCAAUCACCAGCACUCGAAUCCCAUCCCGGCGCAGGAAUGGGCCGUAUCGUCGACUUCAACGAACCGCAACCCCUCGCCGCGCUCCUCGACCGUAUAGGCAAGGGCCUAAAUAACCCAAAGGGCUUCCCCAUCGCCAUACCGCAAGACAAGACCAUCUCCGACCUCAGCAUCCGCAGCGUCGGCAUCUGCGCCGGCUCAGGCGGCUCGCUCCUCGCCAACCUAGACGUCGAUUUACUCUUCACGGGCGAAAUGAGCCACCAUGAAGCCCUUGCCGCAAUCGAAAAGGGACAGGUGGUGAUUAGUCUAUUCCACAGCAAUUCCGAGCGGGGUUUCUUGUCCGAGGUGUUGGCGCAACAGUUGGAAGAGGCGCUCGAGACGGAGUGGGAGGCGCUGCGGCAGCACGAAUUGGCAGAAUUGGAGAGCAAAGGGGCGCAGACAGAGGACGGUAUUGGGAUGGCGUUAAGGGAUGAAGAGUUUGAAGUCGCGAUUAGUGAGGUCGAUAGGGAUCCUUAUGGGAUUGUGGUGCUGAGACCCGAGGCCGAGUGA